AUGGUGUCUGUGAAACAACUGCUAGGAAUUAAAGAGGCCAAAACAAAUCGUUUUGUACGAGCAGUUUUGGCCGAAGCUGUUGGCACCGCCAUGUUGGUCAUCGUAGGUUGUGGCUCUGUGUCUACUCUAAAUAAAGGACUCAAUCCGGGCGCUGACACCAUUGCUGUAGCCUUCGCUUUUGGAUUCGCCCUGGCCAUGAUUGUCUGGGUGUUCGGACACAUUAGCGGGGCGCAUGUCAAUCCGUGUGUAUCUAUUGGUUUUCUAGUGACUGGACACGUGAGUUUGUUGAAGGCUAUCUGUUAUAUAAUCGCUCAAAUCGCUGGGGCUAUCGCAGGCGCUGGACUUCUGAGGGCAAUCAUCCCCGACAAAUGGCAGGGUAACCUGGGCAGUACUACCCUCACGGAAGGUGUCAACUUAUGGCAGGGAGUCAUCAUUGAGUUAAUCGCCACGUUCUGUUUGGUGAUGACCGUAUUCGCCAGCUGUGACCGACUCAGAACUGACCACGGCGGUUCUAUUGCUUUAGCUAUUGGCUUCUGUGUAACGGCUAUGAUUGCUUGGAUGGGUACCACGACCGGAGGCAGCAUGAAUCCCGCGAGAUCCCUGGGUCCUGCCGUUAUCACAGGCACCUGGACUAACCACUGGAUCUACUGGGUGGCUCCAAUAGCUGGAGGUAUCAUCGCCGCUCUGGUCUACGAACACGUCUUCGCCGAACAGACCAAGGAGACGAACACGGAACUGAACACCUUCCAGUACAACAACCUGGAGAUGCAGAGAACUGGUUACCUAGACUUUACCCUGGACAUCCCCGGGCCUGGAAACGACAAAACCAGUGCACCUGUCGAGUUCAACAAGGCCCGUCGGUUCUCCGCCGCCUUCCUGCUCAACGCUUUCACCGGGAAAAACCGAGAAUCCAAGGCCUCAACAAGUGAGACUCCGUAA